GUGUUCAAAGAACUUCCUACACAUCAGAUAAUGUCACACUGACCUGUAACAACAGCUGUAAUCUGACCGACCCUAAAACUACAUACACGUGGUACCAAAACCGAAGCAGAAAUGACAAGAAUGAAAAUAUUUCAAUUCAUAUCUCUGCAAAAGACAAGUUCUCUUGUGCCGUAAAAGACCACGAGCAUCUUCAGUCUGCAGAAGUCUGUGUUCAGGAUAAAAACUGCUGGAGAGUGAAUUAUGUCAGCAGGAGAAUCUGUGCUCUGGAAGGAUCUUCAGUCAACAUCACAAGUGAAUACUCACAUCCUGAUAACAGGAAGUCAGAGUUUAAAUGUUGGAGUAAAAAAUGGAGAAAAGAUAAAGUGGAAGUUGAAGAGCUGAUUGAGGCUGCAGGUCGUGUGGAGUAUCAGGACAACAUGACGAACCAACACAUCCUGACCAUCAACAAUCUGAAGAAGAAUGACUCAGGAGGAUACACAUUCAGAUUCAACAAAGAUCAUACAAGAUGGACACAGUCUGAUCUGCCUGGAGUCUUUUUGAUUGUCACAGAGCUGAGAGUGAAGAUGAGUCCUUCUGCAGUGGUGACAGAGGGUCAGAGAGUCACACUGACCUGCAGUACCAGCUGUCCUCUGACUGACAACACAAACUACAUUUGGUACUUGAACAGUCGACCUCUGACCCCGAGAGAGAACCAGAACAAACAUCUGAUCCUAGACCCAGUCAGCAGGGAGGAUGCAGGAAGCUACUCCUGUGCUGUGAAAACCAACAAAGAUAUCAGCUCUGCUCCAAAGACUCUCACUGUCCAAAGUAUCACAGGAACAUGGACACCAGCAGCUGCAGGAGUUUCUGCUGCUCUGCUGCUUUUAAUACUUCUCACUGUCUGCUGGUGUGUAUGGAAACAGAGAACUUCUGCUCAGUCUCCAACAACUGAAAGCUCUGACCAAAUUGAACAGCUCAGCCUUGGUCCUGUUAAUGACAUCUCAACACAACCAAAGGAGGAGGAUGAAGUCCACUACAGCAGAGUCAACUUUAAAAAUAAACAUGUGGUUCCUCUUUGUUCCACCGUACAGUCAGAUCAGCCCAGAGAACAGGAGUGUUCUCAUUAUGCUGCUGUCAGAUUCAGCUCUGACGGAGCAUCUGGUGUCACUCCAGCAGACACAGACUUACAGACGUACUCUUCUGUAAAGCUUUGAGAGAGAUACUGUGUUCAACAGCCACAUAUCCAAUACCCUGCUGUCAUGGCAGAGUACAACCUGAAGAGCUCACCAGAAACUCAACAACCUAAUCAGAGGAAUAAUGGUCAGUUUGUAGUGGUGGCUGAUAAUGAAACAAGUCCUCAGCAGGGAACAAGUGCCUGUUAAUGAAUGCAGCACAUAAACCUACAUAACUGAAUGCAGCAGGGUGUUACGUGUGUGUUUAUCAGUUCGCCAUCUUAACUAUCUCUGGACGUCAUUUUCCUUCUCUCUUUUUUGACACCACCCUCUACUGGUGCAGUUUGGUAUCUAACAUUACAGGACACAACACAGUUGUUGACAGCUGUUACAAUGAAUGAUGUGUGCAUAGUGUGAUAUGGUUCAUUGAGCAUUACUGUGUCUCUCUUUGACAUUCUAGUCCACAUUUAUUGUGCUUCAGCCUGCAGCGCUUUUAUCUCCCUCUUCUGGCAGCGAGUGUAACUACAAAAACAUCCGAAGGUUGAUUAUGAGUACAACUCCAACAAGCAGAGCCACACAAAUUAGAUUUAAUCCUUCCUCCAAACUGAGUUUCAUUUCUUUGAGUUCUUCUUCUGACUCUUACUCCAACCUGAUAUAUGGCCUCCAUCUUUGUCAGAGCUGCUUCUCUUCUCAGCUGUAACAGAUUAUUGUUUGGGAUAAAAAGCUUCACUUCAGGUGCUCUAGCACAAGAAUGUUGCCACACACAACUGAGGUGUGGUUGGAUUGUUUGAAGAAAAUCCUCCUGUGUGUUUUCCAACACUUUCUUUAUUGUGGGAUGUCAUUAUUUUAUAACUUUCUUUACCUUAAAAAAAUAUAAUUAUCUCCUAUGUAUGAAAUACAUAAGAAACUAAAACGGUCGAUCACUGUCUUACUCAGUUUGAUCUGAGUUUGAGCAGUUCCAGUUCUUAAUGUCUGCUGUACAAGUCUGAAUGCACUGAUCUUGUUCUCUGAUUAAAUAUUUGUCUUAACAAGCAGCUGGACAGGCAUACCUAAUAAAUUGGCCAGUGAGUGUUCCAGUGCUGUUGUGAUGUAUUAUACAGUAGUUCGUGCUACGUUCUCAUUUUGUAUGUUUCUGCAUCGUCUGUUUUCUGAUGAGUGUAGCUUCACAUGUGUCACAGUCCUGGGUCAGUCACCCAGUGUUUUCACUUUUGUAAUAUUAUUGAUCUUUGUUUUCAUUAUGAUUUCACUGCUAGUGUUUUGGUUUCUGUUUAGUACUUCUAGCUCUCCAGUUUUUCUUGUUUUACGAUUUCUAGUUCUUGGGUCCUGUACUCCGUGUCCCCUCUGUGUAGCAUCAAGUCCUUGCCCCUGUGCUGGUUGUGUUUCCUGUUUUAUUUUGAAGGUCCGUGUCUCAUGUCACUGUAUUCUGUUUUGCUUCCUCCCUCUCUCGUCAUGUUGACUUAGGUUCAGCUGUGUCUCACUCCUGUGUGCCAUUUCCUCGUUUCCUUCUGUAUAUAUUUAGUCUGUGUCUUUUGCUCUUUGUUGGUCUGUCUGUGUAUCAUUCCACUGUGUUACUGCUGCUCUCAGUCUCCUCCCAUUUCCAAGUUUGGCUAGUUCUGCUUUCAGGUUCUGGUAAUUUUAAUCUGAGAUUUCCCAGUUUAGGGUUUUGUAAGUUUUUUAUGUUUCCUCCUGUUCUGGCUUUGUUCAACCCUCAAUAAAGCCUCACUUUUAGUUAUCAUUCACCUGCGUCUCCGUUUGCCUCUGCACAUUGUGACAACAUAUAUUGUUUUGCUUUUCUCUAUUUCAGAAGUUGCAUUUUUGUAAAGUUUCACAUAAAUCCUUCACAUUUAAUUU